AGAUUGAGGUCCCAGGGCCAAACGACCACUCCUCUCCUCAGCGCGGGUCCGGGAAAGGCAAGCUCCGGGCGGCAGCGCACGCCGCGCCCCCGAAGCCUGGCUCCCUCGCCACGCCCACUUCCUGCCCCCAUCCCGCGCCUUUCCAGGUCUUCUCCCGGUGAACCGGAUGCUCUGUCAGUCUCCUCCUCUGCGUCCUCGGCCGCGGCCCGGGUCCCUCGCAAAGCCGCUGCCACCCCGGAGGGCCCAGCCAGCGGGCUCCCGGAGGCUGGCCGGGCAGGCGUGGUGCGCGGUAGGAGCUGGGCGCGCACGGCUACCGCGCGUGGAGGAGACACUGCCCUGCCGCGAUGGGGGCCCGGGGCGCUCCUUCACGCCGUAGGCAAGCGGGGCGGCGGCUGCGGUACCUGCCCACCGGGAGCUUUCCCUUCCUUCUCCUGCUGCUGCUUCUCUGCAUCCAGCUCGGGGGAGGACAGAAGAAAAAGGAGAAUCUUUUAGCUGAAAAAGUAGAGCAGCUGAUGGAAUGGAGUUCCAGACGCUCAAUCUUCCGAAUGAAUGGUGAUAAAUUCCGAAAAUUUAUAAAGGCACCACCUCGAAACUAUUCCAUGAUUGUUAUGUUCACUGCUCUUCAGCCUCAGCGGCAGUGUUCUGUGUGCAGGCAAGCUAAUGAAGAAUAUCAAAUACUGGCGAACUCCUGGCGCUAUUCAUCUGCUUUUUGUAACAAGCUCUUCUUCAGUAUGGUGGACUAUGAUGAGGGGACAGACGUUUUUCAGCAGCUCAACAUGAACUCUGCUCCUACAUUCAUGCAUUUUCCUCCAAAAGGCAGACCUAAGAGAGCUGAUACUUUUGACCUCCAAAGAAUUGGAUUUGCAGCUGAACAACUAGCAAAGUGGAUUGCUGACAGAACGGAUGUUCAUAUUCGGGUUUUCAGACCACCCAACUACUCUGGUACCAUUGCUUUGGCCCUGUUAGUGUCGCUUGUUGGAGGUUUGCUUUAUUUAAGAAGGAACAACUUGGAGUUCAUCUAUAACAAGACUGGUUGGGCCAUGGUGUCUCUGUGUAUAGUCUUUGCUAUGACUUCUGGCCAGAUGUGGAACCAUAUCCGUGGACCUCCAUAUGCUCAUAAGAACCCACACAAUGGACAAGUGAGCUACAUUCAUGGGAGCAGCCAGGCUCAGUUUGUGGCAGAAUCACACAUUAUUCUGGUACUGAAUGCCGCUAUCACCAUGGGGAUGGUUCUUCUAAAUGAAGCAGCAACUUCGAAAGGCGAUGUUGGAAAAAGACGGAUAAUUUGCCUAGUGGGAUUGGGCCUGGUGGUCUUCUUCUUCAGUUUUCUACUUUCGAUAUUUCGUUCCAAGUACCACGGCUAUCCUUAUAGCUUUUUAAUUAAAUGAAGCCAAGUGGGAUUUGCAUAAAGUGAAUGUUUACCAUGAAGAUAAACUGUUCCUGACUUUAUACUAUUUUGAAUUCAUUCAUUUCAUUGUGAUCAGCUAGCUUAUUCUUGUGUACUUUUUUUAAACUGUGGGUUUUCCUAGUAAAUUUAAUUUAUAGAAAUCAAUGGUAGCAUUUAGUCAUCUACAAAGGAAUAUCAAAGUGUUUUUCAAGCCUGUUAUAUUCAGUGUGUGCCACAGGAUUGAAAUAAAUGACAAUGUAAUUAUGAAUUCAUGUUUUAGAACUGUUUACUCAUUAGUAAAGGACCGCAAUGUUAGAAAAGAAAACCUAUGAAAUGUAUGUUAAAGAUUCGUAGUAUUGUACAGGGAUAAAGCAAAUGCAUGAAAAUAUGUCAUGUACUGAAAAUUAAACUUCCUUCAGUUUCAGUUAUAAAGGACGUGCACUGUUA